UGAUACACAAACAGCAUGGCUACAGCUCCCGCACCGGAGGUUCAGAUGGAAAACCAAGAGCCUUCACCGGCGGGGGAUGGUGUGUCACCAGGUCCUACAUCAGCAUCCCGGAAUAAACCUGUGUGUUUAAUCGUGCUGGGGAUGGCAGGGUCAGGAAAAACCACGUUCGUCCAGAGGUUAACUGCUCAUCUUCACACUCGCAAAUGUCCGCCGUAUGUUAUCAACCUGGAUCCUGCUGUUCAUGAAGUCCCUUUCCCUGCUAACAUCGAUAUACGAGACACUGUCAACUAUAAAGAAGUUAUGAAGCAGUAUGGUCUUGGACCAAACGGGGGCAUCGUCACUUCACUCAACCUGUUUGCCACACGGUUUGAUCAGGUGAUGCAGUUCAUUGAGAAGAAACACCAGGAUCACAGAUACGUGCUGAUCGACACUCCCGGUCAGAUCGAAGUCUUUACCUGGUCGGCCUCGGGAACUAUUAUCACAGAGGCACUGGCUUCAUCGUUUCCCUGUGUGGUGGUGUACGUGAUGGACACGUCUCGCAGCGUCAACCCAGUCACCUUCAUGUCCAACAUGCUGUAUGCCUGCAGCAUUCUCUACAAGACAAAGCUGCCAUUCAUCGUAGUUAUGAACAAGACAGACAUAAUCGACCACAGCUUUGCAGUGGAAUGGAUGCAGGACUUUGAGGUUUUCCAAGAUGCUCUCAAUCAGGAAACGUCCUACGUUAGCAACCUGACCCGCUCCAUGAGUCUGGUUCUGGACGAGUUCUACGCAAACCUAAGGGUCGUUGGUGUGUCUGCGGUGACCGGCACCGGUCUGGAUGACUUUUUCGUUCAGGUGGAAGAUGCUGCUGAGGAGUACGAGAGAGAUUAUCGGCCUGAAUAUGAGAGACUUCGCAAGGAGCUGCUGGAGGCUCAGAGCAAGAAGCAGCGCGAGCAGCUGGAGCGACUCCGGAAGGACAUGGGCGCGGUCAACAUGACAAAGAUGGCUGCAGAAGAUGCUGAUGUGGCUGGGCCCAGUGACCUCAUCAUGACCCGUGGUAAUCCUGAAGAAGAGGAUGAGGAAGAGGACAGCGAUACAGAUGACAUCGACCACAGCACCACAGAGGAGAGCAAGGAGAAGGACUCCUUUGGAAACUUUCUGAAGGAGAGACGAGAAGUGGUUGAGGUCCGAAACAAGAAGGCAGCAGUCACAGAGGCCCCUGCAGCCAUCUGACACCAGGCUGCAGGGCCAACUGUUGGCCAACUGGAGAGACUCUUGAUGAAGCGGCAGGUGACGUGCGGAUGCGUCUGCAACUGAAAAAAGAUCUAUUUUUGUACUUUCUCAGUGAAGAAAAUUUGUAUUUGAUUAUGUAUCCAUGCCAUUUUAACGUGUGCACUUUUGGUUUUUACCUACAAGCACUGAGUGAAAGUGCCAC